GCGAGCACCUGAUCCACAAGAGCGAAAAGAAGAAACAAGCUAUGCAGCAGCCCACGGCAAUGGAAGCGACCAAGGAGCGGCGGGAGCGCAAGGCCGCGGCUGCCGGCGCCAAGGAGGGUGCCGACACGGUGCAGCUCCCGACGGAGACGAGCCCGUACGUGCAGUACGAUGGCCUGGAGGACUACAAGAUGCGCGGCUACGGCGCGCAGGGCCACCUCCCGGUCUCCGACGUGCCCCACGGCGGCUCCGGCACCGACGCUCCCACCGUCCCGGGCACCGCCGUCCCCGUGGCGAAGCCGAAGCGACAGGACGACGUCCAGCCGCAGCGAGAUCUGGGAGGAGGGAAGGUCGACGCCGGCCGCCGCCACGGGGACGCGUCCACGGACGUCGUCAACCGCCACGGCGUGCCGUAGCUAGCUUUAGCUUGCCCUGGUGUUUUGUGCGCGCGCGCGUUUUUUGGCUUGAUGCACAGGCAGGAACGAGAGCGUGUUGAUCAGUGUCUCUGUUUUUCAGUGUGUAAGAAACUAAGAAUAAAGAAUAAACAGGCUUGCGACUAAAAUUUGAUAAGGCCAAACUUGAAAAGGAAAGAUUUACUGAAAGUUACUGAGUGUCCGGCCGCCCCGCCUGCGGAUAUGGUGGCGCCGCCCGUAUCAACACCUGCUUUGUCAUCAACUGGCACGGUACCCGAACCUACGCCGCCGCCAUUUCCAAGCUUGAACCCAGGAGGCUGUGAUCGUCGCUUUGGAGUGGGCGGCCGGACACGGCAUCUCGGCAGCGCUGGCAACGGCGGAAGGAAAGGCACGGCGUCCUCGGCCUGCACGUCGCGCUUCCUUAUCGUCUCGAGCAUGGCCUCGAGGGAGCUCCUCGGAGCGGCCGCGGCGGCAGAGUGCAUUACCACCUAGGAGGACGACCCGAUCGCGCAGUGGAGGCAGCGCAAGCACCAUGAAGCUAGGACAUUGUCACGUUGAGCGCCUUCAUUGCGCCGAGACGGCAAGAUUGGUGUGAGGAUGAAAUCUGUUUGUGUUUGGGAUCGACUUGUGAAUGCCGGGAU